AUGAGCCGUCUUAUUCAGAAAGAGACACCCAUCUUGGUGCUCGAAGCGGCGAUGAACAGUGCGAUCUAUCCAUUUCAUCUGCGCUACGUCGGGAAACCGAACCGCGACUGCAACAUCGCAGAGAAGGUUCUGAAAACCUUCACACCGGCGACGCUAUCGCUGCUGCCUGAAUCGUUGCGUUACAAGAUUCUCAAGAGCGUACAGACGGACUAUGAACCGAUACAAAUCAACACAGGCGACAUCGAUGCCGUUCAUGCGAAAACGUUAGCGUCAAUGAAGGAUCAGUUGGCAAUAGACAUCCCACGACAGUUCAGCACGUUGGUGUUCGGGCUUCCCGAUAUGAGUCCCUACGCCGUCGAUGCGCGUAUCAACCCAGUCUUGGUGGUGAGCGACAUCUUAGGCUACGUCUUCAAUUGGUUCUAUAACAAACCCAUCAUCAAAAAGAACGGUGUUGUUAUCAUCAUGAACCCGACCUACGAGAUCUUUCACGAAGAGUAUCACGUCGCCUAUAAGAUGUUUUACGAUGAAGUCCUCGCCGAAACGACAGAACCUUUUGAGAUGCAACAGAAGUUUCAGGAAAAAUACGCAAAGGACGAGUAUUUAAUCGAUUGCUAUCGGAACAGAUUCGCGCACCACGGUUUCCAUCCGUUCACUGUCUGGUAUUGGGCGACAUAUCCACUGAAACAUCUCGCGAAGGUGAUCCUCGUCGGUCCGAAGGAACCGAGAGUCGCGCAACGGCUCGGUGUUGACUGGGCAAGAAACUUAGACGACGCGCUCGCGAUGGCGCGCGAAAUCUCUGGGGAAGACGAUGUCGUUGCCUUGACGAUGCCACCGUUCUUCUACGCAAACGUUGGAGGCUCCAAUGAUUAA